GGAUAGAACCUGUAAGAUUGCGAGAGCAAAAUCACAUUUUCCUCUUACAAAACUUGCACAAACUCAGCCAUGGCUUCCCUCUCCUGUACUAACUCCAUGAAUCUCACCCCAAGAUCCUUUAAUUCUCGCCCUCCAUUCAAAUUGAGUUCCCAAUUUCUUGGUCUUCAAUCUAACCUCCGAUGGGUCUCACCCGUCGCCAUUGGACCCUCCAAUGGUUCUAGAGCAACGUGCUGGUUCAAUUUAAGGCAAAAUGCCGAAGGUGCAGGCAUUUAUGGUAGCCAGUCCCGAGAUGACUUCAACCGAGACGAUGUUGAGCAGUAUUUUAACUACAUGGGAAUGCUGGCUGUAGAGGGCACAUAUGACAAAAUGGAAGCUCUUUUGAGCCAAGACAUUCAUCCAGUGGACAUUUUGCUGAUGCUGGCUGCCUCAGAAGGGGACAAACCAAAACUUGAGGAGCUAUUGAGAGCUGGAGCUAAUUAUGAUGUGAAAGAUGUAGAUGGUCGAACUGCCAUUGAUAGGGCACCUAAUGAAGAAAUUAAGGAUUUUAUUCUUAAUUUGUCUGUUAAAAAUGCAUGAUUUGGUUGGGAGUGGCUCUGUUUUGAUAGGUUAGAAAGAGGUUUAAGAUUUGUAUUUUCACUGCCUUCUGAUGUUAAUCAUAUUGUAUUAAGAUCGAACACCUGUUUCCAUUAAUUAAGGAAUGGCUUGGAGAUGUAAAAUCUUGUUUAUAGA